GGCAAGGAACCAUGACGUCCAAUCCCGAGUGGUCUCCCUUAUUAGUCUUACUCCCUUCGUUAGAGUCCUAAGCCCUUCCGAGCCUUAGAGCGUGGAAGGGACGGACAUGGCGCCCACUCAAGCCCGCACCCAGCCCCAUCCCCGCGGUGGGCCCCACAGGCCGGCGCGGCCCCUUUAAGAGUGUCGCCGGUCCGAACACCUCGAGGUCGCGGCGUUUCCCGGCGCCUCGGGCCGCCCUCCAUUGGCGCUGCGGACGCACUCCCGGCCAUGCGGGCGCUGCGGGCUGCCCUGACCCUGGCGCUGGGCGCCGGCCUGGGCGCGGCGGCCGAGGGCUGGCGGCGGCGGCGGGCAGAUGCGCGGCCGGCGCCGGGGCUGCUGGGCCGGCUGCCAGUGCUGCCCGUGGCGGCGGCGGCCGAGCUGCCCGUCGUGCCCGCCGGCCCCGGCGAGCUGGCCAAGUACGGGCUGCCCGGGCUGGCGCAGCUCAAGAGCCGCGAGUCGUACGUGCUGUGCUACGACCCGCGCACCCGCUGUGCGCUCUGGGUCGUGGAGCAGCUGCGGCCCGAGCGGCUCCGCGGCGACGGCGACCGCCGCUCGUGCGACUUCCGCGAGGACGACUCGGUGCACGCGUACCAUCGCGCCACCAACGCCGACUACCGCGGCAGCGGCUUCGACCGCGGCCACCUGGCCGCCGCCGCCAACCACCGCUGGAGCCAGAAAGCCAUGGACGACACCUUCUACCUGAGCAACAUCGCGCCCCCAGGUGCCCCACCUCAACCAGAAGGCCUGGAACAACCUGGAGAAGUACAGCCGGAGCUUGACCCGCACCUACCAGAACGUCUAUGUCUGCACAGGGCCGCUCUUCCUGCCCAAGGAGAAGCCAGACAUGGGUGUGGUUUCCCACAGGACCAGCGGGAGUCACCACUCGCCCAGAUGUCGGAGAAUCUGGCUGGCACGGGACCCAAAGGGUCCACGUCAACCUUAGCCCUCACACCUGAGCCAGACCUGCUUACAAGACACCGUUCCUGCAAAAUGACUAUCACAAGACACUGGUCAAAAACGGAUGCUCUGGGCCCGGCUGGUGUGGCUCAGUGAUUGAGCGCUGACCUAUGAACCAAGAGGCCACGAUUCCGAUUCCUGGUCAGGGCACAUGCCUGGGUUGCGGGUUUGAUCCCCAGAGGGGUGCAUGCAGGAUGCAGCCAAUUGAUGUUUCUCUCUCAUUAAUGUUUCUCUCUCUUCCCUCUCCCUUCCUCUCUGUCUAAAAAAAUCAAUAAAGACUUUUUUUUUUUUUUUUCAAAUGAAUGCUCUGGGCUGGCAGAGUAGGAAGUAAAUAUUUCGUGAGUAGAUGAAAUCUCAGCUUUCUCAUUUUGGUGGCAUAGCCACUUACUAGCCAUAGGAGUUUGAGUGGGUCCCUUAACCUCUGAGCCUCAGUUUGCUCACCCAUCAGACAGAAGGCAUUCCAUAAACAACAGCUACUGCUCCGCUGCACAGGGCCUGGCAUGAAGUAAACGCUCACUACGAGGGCACUGUGAUGAGUAACAUAGGUGUUUGUUUUGUGCCAAUUUUUAAUUCUGGGUAGGGCGCUUUCUUUCUCUUUUGAGGGUUUUUAUGCUUUUCUCCAUCCAUGUAGCCAGUUAUUUCUGUUCUUUUUUUAAAAAUAAAUCUUUAUUGUUGAAAGUA